GCAGCAGAUGAGCCUGCCUACCUGACAGUGGGAACUGAUGUCAGUGCCAAGUACCGCGGUGCCUUCUGUGAGGCAAAGAUUAAGACGGUGAAAAGGCUUGUGAAAGUCAAGGUGGUCCUGAAGGGAGAUAACUCAACUCAGUUAGUGCAAGAUGACCAAGUGAAAGGACCUCUAAGAGUUGGUGCAAUGGUUGAAACCAAAAUGUCGGAUGGAUCCUUUCAAGAAGCGGUUAUCAGCAAGUUGACAGAUGCUAGUUGGUACACUGUAGUUUUUGAUGAUGGUGACGAAAGGACCUUGAGGAGAACUUCAUUAUGCUUGAAGGGAGAAAGGCACUUCGCAGAAAGUGAGACACUUGAUCAACUGCCACUAACCAAUCCAGAGCACUUUGGAACUCCAGUUAUUGGGAAGAAAUCUAAUAGAGGAAGAAGAUCUUCUCUUCCUGUUACUGAAGAUGAAAAGGAGGAAGAAAGUAGUGAAGAAGAGGACGAAGACAAAAGGCGUCUCAAUGAUGAAUUGCUUGGCAAAGUUGUGAAUGUGACUUGUAAUUCGGAGAAGGCAGACUGGUAUCCAGCUUUGGUUGUGUCUCCCAGCUGUAAUGAUGACGUCACAGUGAAAAAGGACCAGUGUUUAGUUCGAUCCUUUGCAGAUUCCAAAUUUUACUCAGUAGCAAGAAAAGACAUUAAAGAACUAGAUGUUCAAAACUUACCAAAAUCCGAGUCCUCUCCUAAAAAAGGGCUACAGGAAGCGAGUGUGUUUCUCAAUACAAAGUGCGUUCCUCGGAACUGGAAAAUGGACAUCAGUGAAAUUCUGGAGUCCUCCAGCAGCGAUGAGGAAGAGGGAGCUGCUGCAGAAACUGAUGAAGAGGAAGAAAAGAGAGAAGAGAAAACCGAAGAAGUAGUG